AAUGGAUUACCACCUGCUUGGACUAAUUCUGUCUUUUCUCUUCAAUGGCACAAAGGUCCUAGCCGGUUACCCAAUUUGGUGGUCGCUGGCCCUGGGCCAGCAGUACAGCUCGCUGGGCUCCCAGCCCAUCCUCUGCGGCUCCAUCCCCGGCCUGGUCCCCAAGCAGCUCCGCUUCUGCCGCAACUACAUCGAGAUCAUGCCCAGCGUGGCCGAGGGGGUGAAGCUGGGCAUCCAGGAGUGCCAGCACCAGUUCCGGGGCCGCCGCUGGAACUGCACCACCAUCGAUGACAGCCUGGCCAUCUUCGGGCCCGUCCUGGACAAAGCCACUCGAGAAUCUGCCUUCGUGCACGCCAUCGCCUCGGCCGGGGUGGCCUUCGCUGUCACCCGCUCCUGCGCCGAGGGCACCUCCACCAUCUGUGGCUGCGACUCCCACCACAAGGGACCCCCAGGCGACGGCUGGAAGUGGGGGGGGUGCAGCGAGGACGCCGACUUCGGCGUGCUGGUGUCCCGGGAGUUCGCGGACGCGCGGGAGAACCGGCCGGACGCGCGCUCCGCCAUGAACAGGCACAACAACGAGGCCGGCCGGACGACCAUCCUGGACCACAUGCACCUCAAGUGCAAGUGCCACGGGCUCUCGGGGAGCUGCGAGGUCAAGACCUGCUGGUGGGCCCAGCCCGAUUUCCGGGCCAUCGGGGACUACCUGAAGGAUAAAUACGACAGCGCCUCGGAGAUGGUGGUGGAGAAGCACCGCGAGUCCCGGGGCUGGGUGGAAACUCUCAGGGCCAAGUACGCGCUUUUCAAGCCGCCGACGGAGCGGGACCUGGUCUACUACGAGAACUCCCCCAAUUUCUGUGAGCCCAACCCGGAGACGGGCUCCUUUGGGACGAGGGACAGAACGUGCAACGUCACCUCCCACGGCAUCGACGGCUGCGACCUCCUGUGCUGCGGGCGGGGCCACAACACCCGGACUGAGAAGCGAAAGGAGAAGUGUCACUGCAUCUUCCACUGGUGCUGCUACGUCAGCUGCCAGGAGUGCACGCGGGUCUAUGACGUCCACACCUGCAAGUAA